AUGGGAGUGAAAAAGAGGGCCACCGUGAAGAAAACCGUGUCAUUUUCUGAUGACAAUACUCUGACCAAUAGAAGUAAUAAGAAGAAGCAUGUAGACCACGAUAACCCUCCAGUAUAUGUGAGAAAGACACUUUUAACCGUUCCAUGGCAUAUUAUACCGCUUCUUUAUUACUAUAUUUAUAUCUCAGAUGGAUUUGACAGCUUGAAGCUACUGUUUGCAUUAAUUCCCUUGCAACUAGCAUAUCUUGGGAUCCAAUUCAAUAAAUCUACAGUAUAUGGAAACAAGAUACUUAAACUGAAAGUACCACUGACUUUAAUUUCUCUAUGCGCUACAUUACUAUUGACUCUACCUGCAGUGCUCAUCAUUAUAUUAUUUGGCGCACCAGUGACAGAAAAAUGGAAGGAAACCUGGAUGCUAGCACUACAUUGUUGUUACCUGGCACAUCCUGCGAUCUACCAGGUUUUCAAUGGAGACUUCAAGGUCGGCCUGUGGAAGAAGUAUUUUAUUAUGAUAGUCAUCGGAGCAUGGUCAAGUUGUGUUGUGAUCCCAUUGGAUUGGGAUAGAGAUUGGCAGGCGUGGCCCGUUCCAGUGGUUGUUGGUGCAUACCUUGGCGCCUUCUUUGGGUACUCCUUUGGAUCUUACUUUUAA